GCGCUGUUUCCGCUUCCGCCACCACAGAGUUCAGAAGGAGCGAUCAGCCGGUGCCGGAUCAAAAUACAAACAAUGGGCAAGAAGCACAAAAAACACAAGUCCGAAAAACACGGAUAUGAAGAGUACGGAGAGAGACCUCUGAAGCUGGUGUUGAAAGUGUCUGGGAACGAAGUGACGACCGGAAGCUCGAGUCUGGAUACGUUUUAUGACGAGCAGCCGGCUGACCAUGACAAACCCAAAGAGAAGAAGAAGAAAAAGAAGAAGGAUAAAGAGAGGAGCUUUGGGUCUCCAGAGGAUGACAAAGGAAAGAAAAAGAUAACAAAGAAGAAGAAAGGUCAGGAAGCAGAGGAAGAUGAACGCAGCAGAACUCCUAUACGUUCAGAGCUGGACAAACUGGAAGCAAAGGAACAAACUCCUCUGCAGGAAGCUUUGAACCAGCUCAUCAGGCAGCUCCAAAGGAAAGAUCCCACUGCAUUCUUCUCGUUUCCGGUGACAGACCUCAUUGCACCCGGCUACUCUGUGAUUAUCAGACGGCCCAUGGACUUCAGUACAAUGAAGGACAAAGUGAAGAAAGACUACUAUCAGUCGCUGGAUGAACUCAGGUUGGAUUUCAAGGUUAUGUGUGAAAACGCCAUGAUUUACAACAAACCUGAGACGAUUUACCAUAAAGCAGCUAGAAAACUGUUACACUCUGGACUGAAGAUCUUGAACCAGGAAAGACUGGAUAGCCUGAAGCAGAGCAUAGAGUUCAUGUCUGGCCUCGACCCUUCUGCUAAACUGCCGGGAAAGACUGAGGAGCAAGGGGGCACCGGCCUGGACCAGAACAGAGAUGGAACCUCGACCACAGGCGCCAGCGAGAGAUCCCAGACCCCCAGCACACCCAGACAGGACAAAGACUCCAAGGACGAGGCGGCAAAGGUAGAGAAAGAGCUGGAGGAAAUGCGCAAGGUCAUCCAGGAGUCUGGAGGAAAGCUGUCCAACAGAGUGCUGCAGUGUGAUUUGGAGUUUGCAAGGCGAAAGUCUGACGGCUCCACCACUCUGGGAAUCCUCAACCCAGCAGAUCUUUUAGCAGGAGAUGCUGGUUACUGUCCGGUCAAACUGGGCAUGAUGUCCAAUCGGCUGCAGAGCGGUGUGAACAGCCUGCAGGGCUUCAGGGAGGAUAAGAGGAACAGGAUCACUCCAGUGUCCUACGUCAACUACGGGCCGUUCACCUCCUACGCACCCGUCUACGACUCCAGCUUCGCCAACAUCAGCAAGGAGGAUUCUGACCUCGUCUACUCUCUGUAUGGCGAGGAGUCCGAGCCGCCGGGCUCAGACAGCUUGACAGAGUUCCUCGCCAAAUCAGACGAGUAUGUGUACAAACUGGCGGACAAUGUUCUGGAUGCGUUGACGAACGGAGAGCAUUCAAAAGCCCUGAAGGAGGCCGAGACACAGCUGCAAAAGGAAACGAACACACAAGAGAACGCGGAUGACAUGGAGGUAGCUGAACCCGAAGCAUCCAACUGCAGCAGGCUCGACAUCCUGCGCUCUGCUGCAGGCCUGCAGACGGCUGAGGAGCUCUCUGGGGAAGCCCUGCACUUCCAGCAGAAAUUGGACGAGACUACAAAGCUCCUGCGUGACCUGCAGGAGGCACAGAAGCAGCGUCUGAGCGCUAAGCAGCCGCCUAACAUGAUUUGCUUGCUGGCACCGACUGCCAAGGAGCUGGAGCUGGCUGAGAAGGUGACGGGGAACUUGACUGAGCUGACUGGUCAAGUGGCCCCGUGUGACGUCAGCAGUGUGUAUGGCAUCAGGAGGGCCAUGGGCAUCGCUGUUCCUCAAGAACCACCCGGGCCCCUCAUUGACCUCACUACAGUUCAGGAGACGGCUGAACCAAUGGAGUCCUUGUCCAGUUGUCAAGAUCCAGUUCCACUCAUCACUGUAUGAUGAAACUCCAACCACCUUUUACUGUUUGAUAAGUUACGUUUUGUACGAAAUUUGCUUUUUGUGACAUUUGUAUGCAUUUCAGUCAUUAAACCUUUUUUUUUUUUUUUU